AUGCCUCAAUACGAAGGACAAUGCCACUGCGGCCAGAUUGCCUGGACCGCCGAGAUUCCCGAGGAAAAGCACAUUCUCUGCCACUGCGGCGCAUGCAAGCUCAUGGGCGGUGGUGAAUUCACUCUGAACCAGAUCAUCCCCAAGGACAACUUCAAGUUGACCAAGGGCGAGUUGAAAGUGUACACCUACAAGGGCGAUUCUGGCAACAACACCGAUUGCUACAUGUGCCCCAACUGCGCAAGCAGCCCCUACCACCACCAACACGUUAUGGGCGAGGACAAAAUCGUGAUCCGCACCGGAUUGCUCAAGGGCAGUGAGAAAUGGGGCAAGCCCGCCGCCGAGAUCUACGACAAGGAUCGGGCCAGCUGGCUCCCUCAGACCGGCGAGAACAGCUUCGCAACUGUACCUCCUUCCUAG